ACCACAUUCUUUAGCCAAGCGCAUGUCUUCUCUUGCCAUCAGAGCUUCCGCGGCUGCAGUUCCCUGCCCCUCCGACGACGCAUUGCAUCCCAAGUUCCCAGAGCAUUUCAGGGUCAAGAUCAUGUUCGAAUCCCUCCCAUACAUCUAGUGAUUUAGGGGCAAAACAACCAUCAUGAAGUCCGGUGCCGCCGCCAUGAUAGACCAGAAGUUGAAGGCCUCCGUCAUCGUCUCCUACGUCGGCCUCCACCCAAUCCUCGUCCACGGCGGAGGGUCAGAGAUCAACAGCUGGCUCAAGCAGAUCAACAUCGAGCCCCUUCUCCAUGAGAGCCUUAGCGUGAUUGACGCCAAGACGAUGGAGAUCCACAAUGGAAAUCCUUUAAUUUCCUCCGCCUGGUGCUUGGAAGAAAUUCUAGUGACCAGAAAUGUCGAGAGUCUAAGAAAGCUUAAUCGAAAGCUAUUGGUGAUUUAAGUAUAGGAAACCUUAUUCAAUAUUACCUUUCUCAUUUCAACGAAGGAGCAUAAGGAGCUGGACAGGGUGAGAUAGUGAUAUGAGGUAGCUGUGCUAUCAAAUCACGAGUUUGGAUCUGAAUCGUCCAGGCACCAGGCGGAGGAAACUAGAGUCGGUCAGAUCUGGUCACGGGUUUGGAAGGGUUGGUUUAUGGGUUGAGUUGGGAAAAUUGAGGUGGUGGGUUGAGUGAUGUGGCGGGUCGGGUCUAGUGAUGUGGCGGGUUAAAAUUGGCUGAGUCAACACUUCUGUUAGCCACGUCAGCAAUUGAUUGACGGUGUUAACAGACACUAACGGAGAGUGACUAAAUAUGGACCGUUUUACUAAUUCGAGUGACCAACAUUGGAUUUAAAUAUUUUGAGUGAUUAAACAUGACACUUUUUAGUAAACUCAAUGACCAAACUUGCAAUUAACCCUCAUUUCUCAUCCAUUAUGUUGGUUUCCUGUUGUUUGGGUAUCCAUCUUUUCCCCUUAUGUUUCUCUUCUUAUUACUACCACGAGUUCCUUUUCUAAGAAAUGAUGAGAAUUGGCUUUCCCUUCUCCAAAAACUCAUAUACAUAUUUUGGCAGAUGACUUGAUUUUUCCUUCCUUUUCUUAUAAUGAUAAUUGUGCAGGGUUCCUUCAAUAUGCAAGUGAUUAAUAUCAUCACUGUUUUCUCCCCUUUAGGUUGAUAGAUAGAUCCAUUCAUUCAUAUUACUUAGUUUCCUUCUCUAAAAAGUACUCUGUGAAUUUCAAAUAUUCAAGUGCUUACAUUACAUGUAAUUUUAGCAAGGAGGCAUUGGGGUUCAUAGUUCAUAGUCUUCACAGGAAAGGUUAUAAGAGAGGGUGAGAGUAGACAGAGAUAGAUUGAGCAAAAUAGUGAGUGUAAGGGGUGAAAAAAAAAGAAACAUAAAGUUCUCGG